AAGCUCUGAGUCAGAGUAAUAAUGGUCUAUGCCCUAAGGUACAGUGCGCCCUGGGCUAGCCAAGGACAUCUCAAGCCACAUCACCCUGGAAAGGUCCCCUGCCCUUGUUCCCAGAGUGUUUCUGUGUUACGAUAAACACUUCCUUUGGUGCAACAAACCUGUUCAGACCAGCCUGCGUGUCAGUAUCUGACUCAGUGCAUGUAACCAGUGAGGAGCCCACCUCCCUGUUUAGGCUCCACAUAGGAAGAGGCCACGCAUGGAAAUGGACUUCACACAUUCUGGAGGAAACUCAGCAUAGCGCCAGUGAAUGACAGACUCGGUGCUGCGAUCUCAACCCUCAGUUCCAGGGUCCAGAGACGAGGCCAGGGCCAUUCAUUUAACUGAGGAACCUACUCUCAGAGACAACAGACGUGUAUCGCGUCCCCGGGCUCCUGCGCACCCACUCGCGACCACGACCACCUCAGGAAUCUCCCGCACCUCCUCGGGGUGCAGAGUCGGCAGAGUGGUGGACUCAGGCCCGCCCGCGGCUCCGAGGACCUGAGACUGCCCCAGCCAGCCCGACCCCACGGUACGCGGGGAGCCCGACUUCCAGGGGGCCGGGGCGGCCCGGUGACUCAGUCCGCCUGUUGUCCGCGUUUUCGGGGCUGGCUGAGCCCGCCGAGCACCCGUCCUUGCGGUUCCCGAGCCGCGUUCCCCUUCCGUGCACAAACAGCAAAUUUGACGCCUGCGCAGUCUCCUCUCGCGAUGUUCGGAGGCCGGACCCGCCCCGUUUCCCCGGGAGACGCGUCACUGGUUGCCAUAGAAACCACGCAGUUUCAAGUUGUGGGAGAGCCGGACGCUCCCUCUGGGGUUGAGAAGCUCGCGUCCAGCUAGAGUGUUAGUUCUUUGAGGCUCUGAGGUCUUGAGGAAUUUCGAAUGGCCAAGCUACUACAAGCUCUUCCCAAGUUCCUGCCCUUGGAUUGGUACAUUGCUAACAAGAACCAGUACCACAGAGCAGAGGCCCAAAAGUCCAGAUCCGAACGCCUUGUAGCAGAAAGCCAGAGGCUUGUGGAUGAGGUCGACAAGAGAACAAGGAAAUCCCAAAGUGACGUGAACAAGAAACUUGAGCAGAGGCUUGAGGAAGUCAGGUUCUGGAAGAAGGAAUUAGAUGACAAGCUUGAGCAACUUGUGCAUGAAACCGAAGACCUGCUCUCAUACAAAAGCCGACUGGAAAAAGCCCUGGAGACUUUCAAUGAACCCUUGCAUAUCACCGAGAGGUGCCUGGCCUACAGGGAGAAGCGUGUGGGGAUCGACCUGGUGCACGAUGUGGUGGAACAGGAGCUACUGAAGGAGGCUGAGAUUAUUCGGGGCAUCGUGGCUCUGCUGACCCGAACACUGGAGGAGACAUCAGAGCAAAUCAGGCUGAACCGCUCGGCCAAGUACAGUCUCGAAAAGGACUUGAGGGACAAGUUCACGGCCAUCACCAUUGAUGACGUCUGUUUCUCACUCAACAACAACUCACCAAACAUCAGAUAUUCUGAGAACGUUGUGAGGAUUGAGCCCAACUCCGUGAGUCUGGAGGACUGGCUGGACUUCUCCAACAUGAACGUGCAGAAGGCUGACAAGCAGCGGAACAACUCCCUGACGCUGAAGGCCCUCGUGGAUCAGAUCCUGUCGCAGACGGCCAGUGACCUGAGAAGGCAGUGUGAUAUAGUGGACACAGCUUUCCAGAAUGGGCUCAGGGAGACCAAGGAUGCCAAGGAGAAGCUGGCUGCUCAUCUGGCCAAGGUCAUGGAAGAGAUUGCUUCCCAGGAGAAAAAUAUUGCCAUUCUCGAAAAAGCUAUCCUUGACCAAGAAGGACCUGCCAAGUUGGCUCACACGCGCCUGGAGACCAGGGCUCAGCGGCCCAAUGUGGAGCUGUGCCGCGAUGUUGCUCAGUAUCGGCUCAUCAAAGAGGUUCAUGAGAUCAAUCACAACGUGGCAAGAUUGAAGGAAACCCUGGCCCAAGCUCAGGUGGAGCUGAAAGGGCUGAAUCGCAGACAGCUCGCCCUGCAGGAGGAGAUCCAGGUCAAAGAGAACACCAUCUAUAUCGACGAAGUGCUCUGCAUGCAGAUGCGCAAGUCCAUCCCGCCGCGGGCUGUGGAGGACCACGGGGAAGCGCUUGGGGGCCUCCGCCCUGAGGCCGUGUGCUGAGCGCGCGGGCUGGUCACAUGUGUAUUAAACCACUGAACAAA